AUGAGAGCCCCUUCGCCCCAGACUACUACUACUCAAUACCACCACAGUAGCUACACCUCACCUUACCAGACCUACGACCUUGCUUUCUACACUGCUCCACCACAAGUCGAGCUCACUCCAGCACAGAAGAGACAGAAGCUUGAACAAGACUUUGCUGCCGGCUUCCCCCCAGACGACGAAGGUUAUCCAUUCAUCUCUCAACUCCAUUCUUACCCAACUACCACCAUGCCUAUCAGGAACAUUCCUCUUAACCCUCACAUCAACCUCCAGAGGGCCUCAGAGCCAGCUUCCCCAAUAACCAUUGCUACCUCUCUUUCUACCCACUCUACACCAGCAUCUUCACCUUCAAGAGUUACUAUCAUGUCUGCCCACGGCUCCCCCGCAGAUUUCCAGCUGUACGACGAGUGCUAUGAUCGCAAGCGACGGAACAUCCAGAAUUUCGAGAAUACUUCCACCCAAUCACGGUUCGGCAAUGGCUACGACUCAUCGAUGACACAGCCACUCGAAUUCUUUGACCAUCAACCUCGCCAUUACCUGCAAGCUCCUCCAUCGCAGCAGCAAUUCGGGAGCCAGGGAUUGGUGAACAGUCGCGCAGUCAUGCACUCCGAUGACGACGAGCUUCCAGCUUUGUCACCCCACCACCGGGGCCAGUUCUCGUCAAGACUUUCCGCUUCGGAUGUGGACCUGCACUCGCCCACCACCCCCAUCGCUUCACCAGAGUCUGUCUGUGGCGAUGGAGUACAAGUAGCUCGUGAGGAUGCCUGUCAAUAUAUUGAGUCGUGGAUUGACCAUUACUUACUCUCCGAUUCAGAACUACACCAUCCAAUCCCAGGCCCCCCUAAGCUCGAUCGAACUGUCUCCGACGCUAUCCAAGACGAGCUAUAUAACCCUGGUGUCGCCCCUGGCACAGAACACGCUACUCGGCCAUCCUCUCCUUGCACGACCCCUUCCAAGGUUGCAUUUCUCUACCAGCAAGCCCAAAACCAGCACGCCAUUACCACGUCGCCAAUAGUUCGCGACCACUCACCUUUCCGUGCCAAUUCGCCUUACGCGCACUUCCCAGUUGUCACUCGCUCACCCCAGAGAACCACGACCUUGAUUCCUGCUGGCUUCGCAACUGCUCGUGCUCAGAGGGAGAAGCUGAUAGCAGUUGAGCGAGAGGUACUGAAGAAGCAAAUGGAGGAAGACUACCAUAACAUCGAUCUCGUCGAUCACCCUUGUACUAUCUCACCAAAAGAUGCCUACCAUGAGUACCACGAAUCAUCACAAGAGGGCAUCAAGGGUCCUCUCUUUGCUUCUCAGGAGGAUGUGUACUCUCAGAACGGCAGUAUUCAAAGCGGCAGCUACAAGGGUUCAGUUCAAGGCGACGAGGAAGACGAUCAAAUUUACAAUCUCAAGAGGGAAGAGACUCAAGAGAGCUAUGCUAGCAUGGCCACCAGCCGCAGAGAGAGUGAUGCUAGUAUGAACUUCAAUGCUACCAUGUUCCCAGCCAACCAGCAAUUCACCCCACUUGGAUUCCCCUACAGCAAUUACGCCGAUGGUUCUGAUCACAAGCCUCAAAUGGCCGAAGAUGAGGGCGAAUAUGGUUACCAGUCUGCCGGCUCACCCCUUACGAAGCCUGCAGAGUCCAAAGCGAAUAGGGGAGGAUACACCUGUACAGUUCCUGGAUGCAACCAAAGGUUUCCCACCACGAACAAAAUGGCAAAGCACAGACGCGAAGCACACAGACAGACGAGUCCCGGUAGCCGCGGUGAUGGCAUCGCCAGGUCGCACCACCCCGGACCUCACAAGUGCAACCGCCUAAAUCCUACCACAAACAAGCCCUGUAACACAAUUUUCUCUCGGCCCUACGACCUCACUCGUCAUGAGGAUACCAUCCACAAUACCCAUCGCGAGAAGGUACGAUGCGAAAUUUGCAACGACGAAAAAACCUUCUCAAGGCAAGAUGCCCUUACACGUCACAAAAAGGUAAAUUUCCCCCUUAAUUGA